AUGGGAUGGGCAGGAUGGAAAGAGGGUGUGGUCGAUUUCGGAGGACGGGCUAGGUGGGAUUGGAUUGGGCUGCAGGUCGAUCAUCCACCACUGGCUGGGCCGGAUCAACUGGCCAGGCACAUGACGCUUCCAGUUUCGCGGGGCGAAUCAUUCCACUGUGUUAGUAGUCGUCUUGCUGGGGUGGCGGGGCCUGCGACAGCUAAUAACACCAAUGGACAGAUGGGUACCAGCCAUACGUUAACGGGCACCUCGAGCUCGAGACGCCGGUCAAGCUAA